GUAAUUUGCACUUGUCAGAAUGACAGUUUUUGAGGUUAUGUUAAUGAAAUAUCAAAAUAAAUAAUGGACGAGUCACCGGAAGCAUUAAAAGAACUGGGAAAUACCGCUGUCAAAAAUCAGAAAUAUGAAGAAGCGAUUUUAUACUACACCCAAGCUCUAAAAAGCGACUCAAACAAUUACACCCUGUAUAGUAAUCGAUCUUUAGCAUUCCUCAAGGUCCAACAGUACUAUUUUGCAAUGCAGGAUGCAAAUGAAACCAUUAGACUGAACCCAAAUUGGCCUAAAGGCUAUUUCCGCAAAGCCGAGGUCGAGUACUCAGCGAAACGCUACUUGGAAGCCUGCGAGUCGUACCAAAAAGCCUUAAAUUUGAAACCCGACGAUGUUAAUAUUAUGGGGGCCCUUAGCAGGGCUAAAAGACAGAUAUUAAAGGAGAGAAAGGCCGAUGAGGUCAUCCCCUGGCUGGGGGCCGGCAUUGGCAUCGUCAUAGGGGUCAUAAUUGUAAUAGCUGACUGUAUUUUUACCCACAAACCGACUCACCCUCUUUUGAUGGCUUUCGUGACUAUUAUUAUAGCCAUGGUGGGGUACGGGGUUGCGAAGACCUACAGGUACUACGUGAGGUGUCAAAACGAGGGGCUAUUGGAGCCCCCACCUGAUUUAAUGAGCGAGGGAGGUAAGGAUGAGACGGUCGAGAAAGAGACGAAACAUACCCCCAGGUACACCAAAUCGCAAGCAAGACAGAGAUACAAGAAGGGGAAGUUGUGAAGAAAUGGCCUCACAUUCCGGGAACCCCAUUUGUGAUUGAUGUUGUUGAAAAUAAAAUAAAAAUGACCAAAAAUAUAU